AUGCUCCGCAAACGUCCUCUCCAUAUUCGCGUCGCCGAAAUCGUCCCUCCCCCACCCCUUGAGCAUGGUCUGUUUGUACCGGCACCAGGGUUCGACGAAAACCGGGUCGAAGCGGCGGAGGAGCUGCCAGGAGGGCCAGGCCAUGACGGGGAAGAUGGUGGCGUUCAUGGAGGCGAGCCAUUUCUCGACGGGGCGGUGGGUGAGGAUGAAUUUGGCGUCGGGGUAGGCGCGCACGAGUUCGUCGACCAUGCAGGCGGCGGGGAGGUCCAUGAUGGCCUGGUUUUGCUGUAA